AUGGAAGAUAAUCUUGAAAUUUAUUCAGAUAUUAAAUUGUUAUUUGAUGACUAUCUUUCAAAUAGGUUUUCUGAAUUAAGUAUUCAACAUAAUGAAAUGGAUAAAAGGCCAGAUGAUGAUUCCUACACAGAUUUUCUUUCACCAUUGGAAUCUUCUGUAGGAAUUCCAACCUUUGAAAAUAUAAGUCCCUCAAAUAGCAUCUCCCCCAAAAGUAAUAAUGAAGAAGAUUUUGAUGGAAAUGAGCAUCAACAACAGAAUGAAUAUGAAUAUGGAUAUGAACCAAACGGAGAAGCUGAAGAACAAUAUUAUUUAGAUUCAGAUUCAGACAAAGAAACUGAAAAUACCAAGAAAGAGUAUAUUUCAACAAAAUAUCGUCUAAUUACUAAGAACUGCCACAUUAGUGAUGUAAUAAUUAAUGUAAUCAAUAAAAAGAAAAAAUUUGAAUCUCAUGAUUACAUUUAUUAUAUCAUUAAAUUGCUUGGAUAUGGAUAUUACGGUACUGUAUUCUUGGCAAAAAUGAAAGCCAAAGAGCAAACAAAUCAAAAUUAUCAAUUGGUUGCUAUUAAAAUAAUCAAUUUUGAACAAAUGAAAACCAAUAAUUAUAAUCAUUCUGAAAACCAUAAUACAAUUGUUGAUAUCAUUGAUCAACUUAAUGAUGAAAUUAACAUCCUCAUUACUAUGAAAAAUCAUAAAAAUGUUGUUAACUAUAUUGAAUCAUUCUACAUUAACCCACAUUAUCUUGCAUUUGUUACUGAUUAUAUUUCUGGGUAUACAUUAAGAGAUAUCUAUAAAUCAUAUGGACCAUUUUCCGAAAAUCUUAUAUGUUUUAUUUCUGAACAAAUUCUUAAAGUUUUAAGUAUAUUAAAUAAUUAUAAUUACAGAUAUAAAAGAAUACAUAAAGAUAUUAAGUCAAAUAACAUUAUGAUUGAUUAUAAUACAUGCCAAAUUAAGCUCUUAGAUUUUGGUGUUUCACAAAUUCUUGAUUCUAUUUUAUAUCAUACACCUAAAAUCUCUUCAGGCACUUUACAAUGGAUGUCUCCUGAAUUAAUUCAAUCCAAAGAUUAUAACCAUUUAACUGAUAUUUGGUCUCUUGGUAUAACUUUACUUGAGCUAUCUACAGGCCAUAUUCCCAAUAUUUACGAAAUUUUUCUUUCAUCAGAUAAUUUAUCCUCUUAUACUGAUUUCGAUAAUAAAUCAAAGAAAGAAGGGACUUUAGAAAGAUAUAUUAAAUUAUUAACCCAAGAGAAUGAAUCAUAUAUUCACUCUAAUCUUAGCCCCACCUCUGAUAAAACACAAAUUAAUCAAAACCAAACUUAUGGUCAAAUAAUUCAACGAAAUAAUUCUAUUAUUAAUAAAAUUAAAUCAUUUUCAAACAAUUAUUCUGAUUUUCUUAAUAAUAUGCUUAUAAUUAAUCCUAAUGAAAGACCAGAUUCCUCUAAACUUCUUGAACAUCCUUUCAUUGCUAGUAAAAGGAAAAGUACUAACAUAUUUCAUAAUAAUUUUCAAAAUAUUGAAAAAGAACUUUAUCAUUAUAAUAACAGUUUUAAUAUCACUGAUUUUUUUAAACAAAAAAUUUUAUCCAAAAUCUUUCCUAACAUUUCUAUUCAUUUACAUUCCAACAAUUUAAACCAUUUAAAUGAAGAAGCUCUUUAUUCUAACAGUUCAUAUAAACAAAACAAAAGCAUAGAAACAAUCAAUUUUAAUUAUAUUCAAAAUGUUAAUGAAUAUUAUGAUAACGAAAAUUCAAGUAUUCAAUUUUCACUAUCUGAUUCAGAUACUAGUAAUAACAAUUCUUAA